AUUUGACUUGUGACCACAGUUAAGAAAGCAAUUGCCAGUAAAAAAAACUCGUCAUACAAUACCAUGACUCACGCAGUUUCUCAACUGCGAUAAUGUUUAGAAGCUAGCAAUCGUCAAGUAGAUAAAAAACUGAAAACACUUAGAUCGAAGAAUGGGCGAGAAAAAACCGGAGCCAUUGGAUUUUGUGAGGGACUUCCAGGAGUACCUCACCCAACAGACUCAACAUGUCAACAUGAUCUCAGGCUCUGUCGACGCAGACAAAGACCCAGAGAAACUUCAGGAUGGUAAGUGUGUUUUAGAUUUCACGGUUUUAUGUCUGGAAAACGAUUCGGUUGGCACCGAGGUGGAACAGAAUGGCCUUGACCAACCCUCCGUGGAGGUGUCCCUUGACGACGGGACUGGAAUGCUGGUGGAUGGUUUCGAGAGGACGUACGAUGGGAAACUGAAGUGCCGCUACUGUAACUAUGCUAGCAAAGGCACCGCCCGUUUAAUAGAGCACAUCAGAAUACACACAGGUGAAAAACCCCACCGCUGCCGCCUGUGUCCUUUCGCAUCUGCUUAUGAACGCCACCUGGAGGCUCACAUGCGUUCCCACACGGGUGAGAAGCCCUAUAAGUGUGAGCUCUGCUCCUUUCGCUGCAGCGACCGCAGUAACCUGUCUCACCACCGCCGCCGUAGACACAAGCUCCUGCCCAUGAAAGGUGCCCGGUCUUCGCUCUCCAACAAGAAGAUGCUCAGUGUUCUCCAGCGGAAGUCCAGCUCUCUGGCCUACAGCCGCCGACUCCUCAUCAACUUCAGCCCUCCCUCCAUGGUGGUACAGAAACCCGACUAUCUGAACGACAUGUCCCACGAGCUUACGCAUUUCCAUGCUGAGGUCUACGAGAACCUGGCCAAGACCCCUGGUGGUGGCGUCGGUAAAGAUCCUAAAGAUCACCUGUUGGAGAACCCUCUGAAUCAGUUGUCCACUCUAGCCGGACAGCUGUCUAACCUCCCCUCUGAGGAGGUGCAGCCCAGUUUGUCCAGGGAUGAGCUGUCUUGUCGAGAGGAGAAGCCCCUCCUGAUCCCCCAGCCGUCCGGGGUUCCUGCCGCGGUCUCGGCAAACCCCGCCCACCACCCCACCUCGCCUGCCACUCCCGAGCUUCGGACUCGCUCCCACAGGAAUUACAGUCCCACUGUGGGCCCUGGCAGUGAGCACAGCGCCACGCCCAGUGUCAGCAACAGCCAGCCCAGCACACCUGCUCCCGCCCUGGCCUCCAACGACCCACAGCAGCUGCACAGCUGUCGGCACUGUGACACCUACUUCACCGACAACAUCCUCUACACCAUCCACAUGGGUUGCCAUGGCUACGAGAACCCCUUCCAGUGCAAUAUCUGUGGUUUUAGGUGCAGGAACAAGUACGACUUUGCUUGUCACUUCGCACGGGGACAGCACAAAUAGUGAUUCUCCAGGGAGUCAGUUUCCGUAUACAUUUGGACUGUGGAGUGUCAUAAUUUAUCCCAGAGGUUGCUGUUUGCGGUUUAACUUUUAGUUAG